ACAAAUUUAUCCUUCUUGUUCAAUAUUACGACAAACGAGGCCGACAGCCGAUAGUGGAAAGUAUUUGGUGAAUCCCAUUCCAGGACUUUUAGUUUCAGUAUUUUGUGACAUGACUUCAAAGAAUGGUGUUGGUGUGACAGAGAUUGGACACGACAGUGAAUCGAGAACACUUGUGAGUGGAUGUAAUCUUGCAGGUUGUUACAAGAGAAAGAUUAAAUAUGGAAUUUUCAUGGAGCAGAUUGUUGCCAUUAUGAAGAAGUCCACGAAUUGUGAGCAGUUUAUAAAAUAUGAAUGUUAUGACAGCGUUUUUAGGUUUAGCUCCACAGGUGAAUAUUAUGGUUGGUGGGUAUCACGUCAAGGUUCAAAAAUGAAUUACUGGGGUGGAGCGGCAGUCGACAGUGGAAAAUGUGCCUGUGGAAUGACCAACAACUGUGCAGGUGGACGGAAAUGUAAUUGUGACAAGAAUGAUGCAACAUGGCGCGAAGACAGUGGAUACCUGACAGACAAGAACACGCUUCCUGUUACUGAACUGAGAUUUGGAGAUGCUGGCGAUGUAUUCAGCAAUGGAGAAAGAGAGCGUGGUUAUCAUACACUGGGAAAAUUACGUUGCUGGGGUUAAGAAAUGGAGCAUCAAACCUGAUGUUAUUCAUAUAAUCUUUGUGAUCAACAAAAAUUUAAAAAAAGCUUCACCAUGACUGUUAAGAUUUUAUAAUUUUUAAUAUUACGUCAACUUCAGGUUGCUAAAGUCGAAUUUUUAUAAUCAAUUUUAAAUAAUGCCUAUUUUAUCUUAUUUUGGAACCAUUCAGCGCAUAUACAUUAAGCACUCCUGGCUCGUAUCUUACUUUUGAAGUACAAAACCAUGACCAAGUAAUCUAAAUGGAGUUAGCAGACGACAUAGCCCCUUUUAAACCUUGCUCGUGAAAAGUUCAGCGUGUGAACUAGGUCGAAAAUAGUUUAUAUACAAUAUGGAGAUAAAAAUAGCACAAUACGAAAAACAAUGAUCCUGCAGAUUUUACGAGAGAAAUGCAAUUGUUCACGAAUUAAAAUAUUUAUCAACAUAAAGAAAUCAUAAUUGGAAAAAAAUUAGCGUGCAUCAUUUCAGCCUAAACGACAUUUCGCUUUUUUAAUUGCAUUUUACACUCAAUUCAUCUCAGCAGAGAGCGUUGAUUUAUCUUCUCAUAGUCUCAUCCUCAAAUUGAUAAAAAUCGCCUUGUUUUUCUAUU